CUUAAGGGCCAGACCUCUGCCUCUCCCGGAGUCUGGCCACAGCCGCUGCGGUGGUGGUUUCCCAUCUCCAAAAGGCGUCCUCCGACUCCUUGCGCCGCCCUGCUCGCCGGGCGAGUCCGGCGCUGGGUUGUGGAGCCCUGCACCACUCCCUCUGGUUUCCGAACCCAGAUCCCUUCUCCCGAGAGUUGCGAGCAACUUUCCCCUGUCCCUGGCGCUGCGGCGGCUCGGGGACCGUGGCAGGCGCAGGUUGCUGAACCCCGGGCCACGCUCCCCGCGCCUCGGCUUCGCGCUCGUGUAGAUCCUGCUCCCUCUCUGGGUGCACGCUGGGGGUCCCGGACCUCGACUCUGCGGGCGAGAUGCCCCUGGGACACAUCAUGAGGCUGGAUCUGGAGAAAAUCGCGCUGGAGUACAUCGUGCCCUGUCUGCACGAGGUGGGCUUCUGCUACCUGGACAACUUUCUGGGCGAGGUGGUGGGCGACUGCGUCCUAGAGCGCGUCAAGCAGCUGCACUGCACCGGGGCCCUGCGGGACGGCCAGCUGGCGGGGCCGCGAGCCGGCGUCUCCAAGCGACACCUGCGGGGCGACCAGAUCACGUGGAUCGGGGGCAACGAGGAGGGCUGCGAGGCCAUCAGUUUCCUCCUGUCCCUCAUCGACAGGCUGGUCCUCUACUGCGGGAGCCGGCUGGGGAAAUACUACGUCAAGGAGAGGUCUAAGGCAAUGGUGGCUUGCUAUCCGGGAAAUGGAACAGGUUAUGUUCGCCAUGUGGACAACCCCAACGGCGAUGGUCGCUGUAUCACCUGCAUCUACUAUCUGAACAAGAAUUGGGAUGCCAAGCUACAUGGCGGGAUCCUGCGGAUAUUUCCAGAGGGGAAAUCAUUCAUAGCAGAUGUGGAGCCCAUUUUUGACAGACUCCUGUUCUUCUGGUCAGAUCGCAGGAACCCACAUGAAGUGCAGCCUUCUUACGCGACCAGAUAUGCUAUGACCGUCUGGUACUUCGAUGCUGAAGAAAGGGCAGAAGCUAAAAAGAAGUUCAGGAAUUUAACUAGGAAAUCUGAAUCUGCCCUCACUGAAGACUGACCGUGUGCUGAAAUCUGCUGGCCUUGUUCAUUUUGGUAAUGGUUCCUGAAUUCUCUUUAAGAGUUGAGAUCCAAAGAUGGCCUCUUCAGUGACAACAAUCUCCCUGCUACUUCUCGCAUUCUUCACAUCCCUGUCUUGUGUGUGGUACUUCAUGUUUUCUUGCCAAGACUGUUGAUCUUCAGAUGCUCUCUUGGCAGAAUGAACUCAUUUGUUAACUCUAGAAAUUUCCUGCAGACAUCCUGCUCAGCCAGCGGUUUACCUGAUAGAUUUGGUGAUACUGACUAUCAAGAAAAGAGCCUAGGAGCACAGCGAGGGAGUGAACCUCACUUGCACUUUAUGUACGCUUGCUGAUUUGAAAGGAGGAGGUUUGAAAAGCAAAAAAUGGUGGUGGUAGAUGCCACAGUGAGGCAUCAUGGAAGCCUUAACAGCAGGAAACAGAGGAAUUUGUGUCAUCUGAACAGUUUCCAGAUGUUCUUAAUGCAGGGCUGUUGGGGUUUCUGGAGAAUUAUCACAACCUAAUGACAUUAAUACCUCUAGAAAGGGCUGCUGUCAUCGUGAACAAUUUAUAAGUGUCCCAUGGGGCAGACACUCAUUUUUUCCCAGUCCUGCAACCUGGAUUUUCUGCCUCAGCCCCAUUUUGCUGAAAAUAAUGACUUUCUGAAUAAGGACGGCAACACCAUUUUUUCUGCAUUUUCAGUUCUUACCUGGGAACCUAAUUCCCCAGAAGCUAGGAAAACUAGACAUUAGUUGUUUUGGUUGCUUUAGUUGGAAUGGAAUUUGAACUUAAAGGAAAAGUAUCUCCUUGGUAGUUUUGUGUUAACCUCUGAUAACUGUGGAAAGAGCUAGGUCUACAGAUACACAAUAAACGUGUGCAUCUUGAACAA